AUGGCGCGUUGCGCGGCCCGGCUGUGGGGCCCCCUGUGGGCCCUGCCCCUGCUGCUUCUGGCGCCCCGCGGGGCCCUCGGCUUCUUCCCCAACUUCUGGUCCCGGGCCAUGGCCCUGGCCUGGGGCUCCGCCACCCACCAGGACCUGACGGAGGACGCGCUGCUCAACGCCACCCUGGAGCUCUUCCGGGACCUGCCGCCCCCCCGCGGCCGGCGCCUCGCCUGGGAGCAGUUCCAGGCCCGGCCCCUGCUGGCGGACGAGGUGUUCGCGGCGUAUUACGGCCCCGGGGCGUCGGCCCGGCGGUUCCGCGCGGCGCUGGUGGAGGUGGGCAACGCCAACGCGGCCCUGGACUUCCUGCCGGCGGCGCGGGACGACCCGGUGCUGCACUUCGACGGCGAGCUGCUGCGGCCGGCCGGCGCCUCCCUCCUGCGCGCCCGGCGCGAGGUGCUGCAGGCCCUGGGCGCGGAGCUGUACCCCCUCGCCCGCCAGCGCCUCGGCCGGCUGCUCCACUCCCUGCAGGAUUUCUACAGCCACAGUAACUGGGUCGAACUGGGCCACCGCGGGAUCCACCCGGACCUGCUCCAACCCGGCCGUGAACUGGGCUCCAUCGCCGGAG